GGUCUUCGUUCUUCAACUAGUCUGUCGUCCUAAUAAUUGAAGGCAUAAAACCCUAAAGAAGCUAGCUUAAUAGCAACAUCCAAACAUUCCUUUACCUGCCAUUCAAAUUCGAGCUAAAUUAAACACCGCCGGUAUCGGGCGAGCAGCCCAUCAGCCACUUUUCAAAAUCUCUUUGGUCUCCCGAGAAAGAGAGGGAAAAAAGUUAAAAAAGGAUUUUUUCCCUUUAUUAUUUUGUAAUUUUUAUUAUAUAUUAUGCUUUCCUUUAGCCGCCCAUGGCUUUAAUCGUUGUUUGACGUCCCGUGUUCGGUUCUUCACAACCCCCACGAAAAUAUCUCUCUUAUAAAAAGGAAGGGGGGAAAUCGAUUUCAAUUUCACUCUUUUUCUUUACUUCUGGGUCCUUAUUCUUCUUGUGAAUCUCUGGUUUGUCCCUCGAAAUGGCUUCUGAGGAACAGUUAUCCGCCAUUAAGAGGGCGAAAGUGCUUAUGGUAGGGGCGGGAGGGAUUGGAUGUGAGCUUCUCAAGACACUUGCCCUCUCUGGGUUUCAAGAUAUUCAUAUUAUUGACAUGGACACUAUAGAAGUCAGCAACCUGAAUAGACAAUUUUUGUUCAGACAAUCCCAUGUUGGGCAGUCUAAGGCCAAGGUUGCUCGAGAUGCAGUUUUAAGAUUCAGGCCCAACAUAAGCAUUACACCAUACCAUGCAAAUGUUAAGGAGUCUCGCUUCAAUGUUGAUUUCUUUAAAGAGUUUGAUGUCGUGUUGAAUGGGUUGGAUAACUUAGAUGCAAGGCGCCAUGUAAAUCGUCUUUGCUUGGCGGUUGAUGUCCCAUUGGUUGAAAGUGGGACCACAGGGUUCUUGGGACAGGUUACUGUACAUUCGAAGGGAAAAACAGAGUGCUACGAGUGUCAGCCAAAACCUGCCCCAAAGACUUAUCCUGUUUGCACUAUUACGAGCACUCCAUCAAAGUUUGUUCAUUGUAUCGUGUGGGCUAAGGACCUGCUUUUUGCUAAGUUGUUUGGGGACAAGAAUCAGGAAAAUGAUUUGAAUGUGCGCUCUAGUGAUACUGGGAAUUCGUCUGAACAUUCAGUAGAUGUAUUUGAACAUAGAAAAGAUGAAGAUAUUGAACAUUAUGGAAGAAGAAUAUAUGAUCACGUAUUUGGUCAUAACAUAGAAGUUGCUCUAUCUAAUGAAGAAACAUGGAAAAACCGAAACAAACCACGACCUAUAUAUAGUAAAGACGUCCUGCCUGUGAAAAUGACUGAAGAGAAUGGAGACACAGAAAAAGAUAGUGCAACUGAUGAUGUUUCGGUCAUGGCAUCUCUGAGCUUGAAGAAUCCUCAGGAUAUAUGGAGUCUUUCUGAAAACUCGAGAGUCUUCCUUGAAGCUUUGAGAUUAUUUUUCUUGAAGAGAAGAAAGGAUAUAGGGAACCUUACUUUUGAUAAAGACGAUCAGUUGGCUGUGGAGUUUGUUACUGCCGCUGCAAAUAUCCGAGCUUCUUCUUUUGGGAUUCCUUUACAUAGUCUUUUUGAAGCUAAAGGAAUUGCGGGUAAUAUUGUGCAUGCUGUCGCGACAACAAACGCUAUCAUAGCUGGGUUGAUUGUGAUUGAAGCAAUUAAGGUUUUAAAAAAGGAUAACAACAAUUACAGGAUGACGUAUUGUCUGGAACAUCCUUCAAGAAAGUUGCUUCUAAUGCCCGUAGAACCCUAUGAGCCUAACAAAUCUUGCUACGUUUGUUCAGAGACGCCGCUAUCCCUUGAGGUUAAUAUGCACCAUUCUAAGUUGCGGGAUUUUGUUGAAAAGAUUGUUAAAGGCAAGCUCGGCAUGAACUUUCCUGUAAUUAUGCAAGGGGCGAGUAUUCUUUAUGAAGUUGGUGAAGAUCUCGAAGAGGAUAUGGUAGCAAUUUAUGCUGCAAACCUUGAGAAAGCUUUAUCUAAGCUGCCUUCUGCGGUUACUAGCGGGACUGUUCUCGCUGUAGAGGAUCUUCAACAGGAGUUCUCAUGCAGUAUCAAUAUCAAGCAUAGGGAAGAAUUUGACGAGGAGAAAGAACCCGAUGGAAUGGUUCUCUCUGGAUGGGUAGAAGCACCUGUUGAUAAGGACAAUAAUAAUAAGCCUAUUGGAAAUGGUGAAAGUACAUCCAACGCUUUGCCAUCAAAAGAGAUUCUGGAGUGUGAAAAGGAUGUUGAAAUUCAGGAAACAUCAGAGGGGACUGAAACCGUUACCAGGAAGAAAAGAAAACUGUCUGAGGUUGAUGAAAGUAAAAAUCAGAAGAAACCCGAAAAGCUUGAUGUUGAUGAUGAGGAUGAUGAACUCUUUAUACCCGACGACUGGGAAUCACUCAUCAAGAAGAGAAGGGUCUAAGAGGUUUUACAUCUAGUUUGUGGACAUCAUCUCACCUCUGAUUCUGUAAUCGUUAAGCUAAAUGGUAAUUCUUUUUGUAGGCCGUAAAUUGUUACAUGUUAGGACAGAAUCUAUAGUAUUUUGAUUGAUUAGAUGUUACUAACUGUUAUGUUGAUUCCGUUUUUGUGGUGUACCAGUGUUACAACGUGUAAUUGUCAUGUUUUAAAUUUUAACAGAGGGCUGUGACUUUGCAA